AUGUAUGUGACUAACAAUGGAUUUCAUUUCCUUCCGAAUUUAACUGAAUUAUUUAGAAGACAGAAACUUAGAGAAUUCAAAAUGCAAAACGACGCCGGAGAAUUUGUUGACUUGUACUGCCCGAGGAAAUGCUCUGCCAGCAACCGUAUCAUUUCUGCUAAAGAUCAUGCUUCUAUACAGAUCAAUUUAGCCGAAACCGACUCGGCCACUGGUCGCAUAACCGGAAAUCACAAAAUCUUGACCAUUAGUGGAGCUAUUCGUCGGAUGGGAGAGUCAGAUGACUGCAUAACGAGGUUAGCAAAAGAACACGGGAUUGUAGCUAAGAAUUUCUAG